AAAAUGAACAUUCAAAAUAUCCGUCGGCCGGUGACGUUAUCGCGCGUCGGCCGCGGCGUCUAUGGUGCGUCCAUCGUGCGUCUAUGUAGGUACGCACCGUAAAUUAAUCAUCGUACCACACAUUAUAAUUAUUGUCGUCGUCGGAGCUUUGAAACCGCGGAGGAGAUACGGUCGGCGAGCGUGUACGUACACAUCUGGUAGGCGUUUUCACUUUAGGCAGUAUUGAUUGUACGCAGUGUGCGAGCGCGUUCGUGCCAACGUCGGGAAAACGGGUCAGGGCGCGGGCUUGUCCGCGGAGCGCUCGGGUCCUGUGGGCCGCCGACGCGCGAUCCCGUGGCGGCCGAUCGCGGACGACGGCGACGGCGACGACAACGCCGACUGACGACGACGACGAGUGACGACUCCGGCGAGAGUAGGUACGCGGCACCCUCGCGCGGCGUGACGAUAAUCGUGAGUCCGAGGUUUAGCGGCCGCCGUCGUCAUCGCCAACGCACGUGCGUCGUCCACCCGUCGUCAAUCGCGACGAUCGCGGAGAUAGAUAGAUUAUUAUACAUCGAAACCUCGUCCGACCGUCUUCGUCACCGCCCUCCCUCCACCGCGAACGGAAGAUGCGCAUCCAAGGGUAGAUUAAAUUUUUUUUUUCAAAAGUUCGUUUGCCGCCACCGGCACGCGGUUUUUUCUCUGCACCCCGACGACCGAUACCGCUGCAGUAAAAGUACCAUCGAGACGACGUCAUGACUAUGACGAUGGCUACUGCAGCAUCGCCGCGGCCUCGACGGACCGUCGUAGUUGGAGUGCCGCGUCCCACGGCCGCAGUGGCGGUGCUGGCCGCGGUCGUGGUGGCCGCGGCCGGUGGCGGUGGCGUGUACGCAAAGCUCGCGUCCGCCAGACCGGCCGCCUGUACACUUUCCGAAUUCGCGUGCUCUUCCUCGUCGUCCACCGCCGACGAAGACGACGACGACGCCAAUACAGCCGCCGCUGCCGUACGCUGCGUGCAGUCCAUCAAGUACUGCGACGGCCGGCGCGACUGUCCGGACGGAUCCGACGAACCACACUACUGCACGCCGUGCAAUCGAACUUAUUAUGGAGAUGUCGGAAAAACGUAUGAAUUCGAAUUACAUCGCCCGAAACCCGACAAGUUGCCAUUCGUCUGCUUUAUAAAACUCGUGGCACCAGGUCAUCAUUUGGGAGAUCUAAUACAAGUGACUCUGGACAGUUUCACCAUCGGGCGGUUUGCUUCGUACACGAACGCUGGAUGUCCGGACGGCGACCUUCACAUCACCGAAUCGGAUAGGCCGGCCGUGUCGGGUGGCUGGUGUGGCACAUCCUGGGCGCCUGCUCAUUACUACAGCGAGACGAAUUCCAUCACUCUGCUGGUCCGGCUGUACACGCUGUCCAGCCUGGACAACACGGGUUACAACUUCGACUUCCGACUCGGCUACAAAAUGCUCAACCGGAACCGCGCGGUCGUCCGGUACGGCGAGCAAAAAAUGUUUGCAAAAGUAAAUGAAUCGUUUCACAUGGGUGACCUCAUGGAGGGCACUUACUGCUCGCGGAUAUUCAGCAACUGCGACAAGAAGAGGUGCGUGCUGCAGUCACCCAACUACCCUGGGCUGUAUCCACGAAACUUGACUUGCUACUACGCGAUCAGGCAACACACGAUACCGUACGGCCAACAGGCGCUAAUAUCCAUCACGCAGCCAUACAGCCGUCUAGUGUCGAUCAAAACGGAUCGGACGAAUCCCGAAGGAGCUGACCCGAAGCCCGUCGAACGGAAGGACUGGAGCAAGUGCGACAAUGUACCAGAUUUUGUGACCGUUUAUGAUGGAUACACAACUAGAGAUCCGAUUUUGUUGAGAUUCUGCGGAUCCGGUGAAACUGUGCCCGUGACUACGUCUAGUGGGCCUGAACUGUUAGUUCAGUUUUCUACGUCACCAUAUGGCACUCUGAUGUAUCCGUUCGGUCCACUUCACGGAUUUCAACUUCAAGUACAAGUACACUUUGUGGAUAUCGAAUCGAUCAAGUACACCAAGAACAAACGGUGUGAAUUCUGGAUACGGAACACUGGCCGUGGUUGGUUGCACGCGCCUUACCACUCUUUGCCGGAGAACACGACGUGCUGGUAUCAUCUACAAGCCACCCCGGCCGGUGUCGCGGCUGCCGGAUAUCCGGUGGAUCGUGAAUCCGGCUCCGGUCCCAGGUACAAGGUAUGGGUAUCCGUACUCAAGUUCUACGUGACGGGCCCUCAGACCCGGGACUGUACGACCAACCUGAUGGUGUGGGACGGAAACUCUUCCUGUCAUCCAUUCUGUGAUUCGAGAAACGCCUCGUCGUCCGAGUACCAGCACAACAACAGCAUGCUGUUGGCCAACUACUGUCCCGGCCAAACGCCAAGGUCUUGCGAUCAUUUCCUGUUGACCCGGCAACAGCGUCCGUGCACGCUAUCCGAGAGUUUCCUGUCCACAUCCCGGUCGCUCACUGUCCAGUUGAACAUACAGCACGCCACGGCUCUCAGACCGGUAUCGUUUAAAGCUCUGUACGAAUUCGUCGACCUGCACCAGGACGGAAGCUCGUGGCCCGAAACCGGAAGUAUGUGUUCCAGGAUUUUCCGAAGGCCCACGCACUCGCCUUCUAGUACAAUAGCCAUCCGUUCACCGAAAAACGUAUUCUUUUACGGAAGAGGAGGCAAUAAAAAUUUAAGUUGCGUAUUCAGACUGGAAGGACAGCCCGGCGAUGUGGCUAAGGUGACAAUACUUACGAUCGGCUCGGGAGAUCGGAGUUGUUAUAGCCGUUUGAACAAAGACCGAGGUACUUUACAGUGCGUGGGUGACAUCGGAUCGUCUCUGAGUGUUUUGGACGAGGUAAACGGCCCGAAGACCAUGCUGGUGCCAAGGCACUGUUUGUGUUCGACCAACACGUCCCUGUUGCCGUACACGUUCGUCACGUUGGGCUCGAAGGCUUCGAUGGUGUGGGAUGUGUUCAACAUGAACUCCACCGAAGACUUCCGACUCCACUACUUCGAGGCCACCGUGCAGUUCGUCAGGAGAGAGGUGGUGCCGAAACGAUGUGAGGUGAAGAGCAAUUUGCUGACCGGGCCUGGCGGCCAUUUCACAUUCCACUCGCAUCACAACACCACGUGCGAAUCCCACUUCGUCAUACUCACCCAGCAAAAGUACACCAACAGUUAUCUGUACGCCAAGUUGCCCGGAUUGGCGAUGCCGGACUCGUCGCACGCGGUGCCCAACAAUACCCAACACGUGCACUGCCCGACCAACAAUCGGUUCAUAGUACACGCCGGCGACACGGUCCACACAGUCGUCUGUCCGGACCCGUAUUACACAGUCGAGGUGUUUUCGGAUGGAUGGCACACCAGAGACGUCAUGUCGAAUUCUUCUCGAGACAUCGUCAUCGAGUUCAUUCCAAUCGAUCCGGGCUCGUACACAGUGUCUUGGAUACAACUCUCGUCCAGGAUCCGAGCAGACGGGCCGUACUGCCACAGCCAGUGCCCUGAGCUGGACGCGUGCAUCAACGAGUCGCUGUGGUGCGAUGGCGUGGAACACUGUCCGUCCGGUUACGAUGAAUCGUUCGGGUACUGCAUGCACCUUCUCUAUACGCACCUGGUGUACAGCAUCGCCCUGACCGUGGCCAUCAUCAUCGUGGCCGUGUCGUCGGGGCUCACCAUCCUGUGGUUCCGGCGGUUCCGCUCGGCGUCGUCAGCGGCGGCCGGAUGCCGAAGCCCGUCCGCCAAGUCCGCGGAGACGGAAGCGGUCGUGUCGGCGCGCGACGUGGUUUACUGACAUAAGGUCAACGACGUAGUGCACUACGUCGAAUACGAUCGCGUCACCACCGUCUGAUCGGCAGCAGGCGAUUGACUCGAACGAGAAAUCACCGUCGUCGUCAUUAUCAUCAUCAUCAUCAUCACUACGCGCGUGCCUCUUAUUAUGCAUAACAAUUUUGUAGCUCCCCUAACUUAUACCAUUGACGCGGCGUUAUUCCCGGUCUACACGUGGCCAGUAUUCCAUCCUAGGGUGGUUUAAUAUAGGGUGAAGUGUUUGUUUUUUUUGGCUAUAGUGACCCCCCCUCCCCCGCCACCGGACUGGCUUGAAAUUCUUAGCAUCGUGUAAAUCGGUCUAGCUUGUGCCAAGUCAGGAUAAUAGUAAGCCAGGAUAAUCAUCGGAAGUACUAUUACCAUCAUUCUAGCCUAGCUUUAAAUACUAGCCCCUCGUGUGGACCGGGCAUUAAGGAGAGACAUUUUUUUUUUUUUUUUUAUGCGUUUUGAGGGAACAAAAUUUGAUCCGAAAACGUCUAUUGUGGGCACAGCACAUUUACUAUACACGUGUAUAAAUUUUAGGAGGUGUGGUGUGCAGUGGUACAGCGUUUUCGCUGCGAAAGAGUUGGUGAUUUACACGGCCAUCGAAUACUGUAAUCGUAGACCGAAACGCCGCCGACGUAUCGAAUAUUUUUGUUGAAAAAAAAACAUUAUGUCACGCGUCGUGUGGAAAAGACUUUUGGUUUGAGGGCGUGCGACUGAUGUUGUACGUAUAUUCUUUAUUAUUAUUAUUUUCUCUCUCUCUCACUCUCUCUUUCUUUUCGUCCAAAUCACAUGGUUCACAGAAUUCGGGCAACGGAGUGCCAACGCCUCCUCAUGUCUCACCCCGCCCAAAGCCAAUAUCAGCCCUGACCAGCGGGGCGUGAAAUCGACGUUAUUGCUCGGUCCAAACAUAUAUUAUCUGACCCGACCUAGUUAAUUCUUUUUACGCCACAGGCACCGCCACCACCACCACCGCCACCAUCGUUCGGUGGUCGCCAAAAUUCGGUCGUAAUUUUCUGACUUGUAAAAACAAAAUAUCCGAACCGUGCAAUAUCGUUGGUUAUUAUGUACACCGCUCGCUCUUUUCAGACGGUGGGUAAGAGGGUUUGGGGCGAGGGUGUAAAUCUCUAUACGGCGGCAGAUUUGUUUCGCUCUUUUGCACGAAAGUCCAAUAUUAUCACACAAACAUAAUAUGCGGACGUACGUGGAUAAGCUAAUGUAACGCGAUAAUCACAUACCGGAUACGUUAUGAUAUAAUACAUUAUAUCUAUGAAGGUACAACUUCCACUUGUUUUACGACCUCCAAGGUUUAUAUCCCAACGGAACUAUAUACCUAACCGUACUUCAGAGUAAUAAUAAUGACGUACAUUAUUAUACGUUGAGUGAUUUCUUUCAUCACAAAACAGUCAUUUUCUCGGCGAAUAUUUUGUUUUUUUAUUUUUUUUUAUACCUAUUUAUAUAAUAUUAUAAUAUCUGUUAAAUAUUUUAACCUACAAUAUAUAGGUACAUUUUAAACAUCAUAUUCAACCCAAUCAAAAUAUUUUUCCGAUUAUUAUAAAAAUUUAAUUUCAAACCAGCCGAAUAGACGCAAUAUUAUAAUAGCAUUUUAUUUGCAGAAGAGCUGAGUGGGUGCACUUCUCCGCUCAUCUAAUCUUUAAAUAGGUAAUCUUAUAAGUAUUUCAAGUUUUGUUCGUGGUUCGAAGUUCGAUUUGUAUGAUAUGUAUAAACACAUUUUGCUUCAGAGUAUGGAGUUAAAAUGUACGGGGUAAUAUUUCCGAAAUUAAAAAAAUUAUACCGAUUAUACUAAUAUAGUGUUUAACGACUUCUAAUUAUCAAUGUAAUAUAAUAAUUUCAAAAAUACGUACGUUUACCAAAUGACUGACAUUUUUUUGAUUAAAAAAAUAAUCACCUAUAUAAUAUAAUAUGAUACACUAUAUUGUGUAUAUUAAUUAUAUAAAUACGUCAAAGGAACAACCGUUUACGCUUUUUCGAUUGAACAUACACCAGCUAUAUAUAUGUAACCUCCUCUGCAUUUUGUCCUCUAUAUAACGUACACAUUAUAUUUCGUGUUUCAUUUGGACUGAGUCGCAAAGAGUUCUUAAUUGAAAACCUUUGAACAGCUCACGUAUAAGAGAGUCUAUAUUACUACCGGCUGUAGAGAAUAUCGGGAAGAUUUACUAAUUUAUAAAAUAGCGGUGUAAUUGAAUCUCCACAUUAGAUACCCCCCUCCCAAGCGUUUUAAAUUAAUUAGUAAAUAGUACAUGGGUAUUAUUAUUUUCUGUACAUAUGUAUAGUGUAGGAGUAGCCUACAUAUGGGUCACGUAUAAUAGCCAUUAUAGGUACAUUCAUGAUGUAUACAGAGUGGUUCACGAAACAUAGUUAUUUUUUAAAAGUAGGUACUUUAACAUAAACAUCAUAUUUUCACAUACUUAGAUUUCAAUUAGAUAGGAGGUAGACGGUACCCACAUUUUGUGAUGGUACACACUAUUUGUUUUUCAAACGAGAACCGCCUUUUUUAUCAUGUAAAUUGUCAGUCUGAAGAUUUUUGAAAAUGUUUAUGCAUCUAAAUCGAAAUUAAAAGCUACGUAAUAUAGUUUUUGAGUAGUUAAACUUUAAGCGUGGCGCGGUCCGUAGUCCGUACACUCAACUGCGAAAACGCUCUGAGUGUACGUAUUGGCCGGUGUUGCAAGCUCUCGGAUGGGUGACCACCCGGGACUUUAGCAACAAAUCCUUGCCACACAUACAAACGUGUUUUAACCAACCGUUCCUCCCACUACAAACAACCCACAAACAAAAACAACUAAUGGCCAUAGUUUCCGGGUUAAGCUCAAAAAAAAAAAACUUUA